GGAGCUGCAGCGCUCGGUUCUGAUGUCCGGGAAGGGAGCCGCUCCCCGAGGAGGCUCAGCGUUACAGAAAAUCUGCCAAAUACCUCUCCACCUCUCGCCAUCCCACACUGAGGUCACUGCUCUGAGCCAGUGCCAGAGAAUUCCCCAGCAUUUAAAGCACUUUUUUUAAUUAUUUUUUUUUUCCUGUUAGCAACUUCCUUUUGUAUUACGCAGCCACCAUCCCAGCUCAGACCACAGGUGACCUGUAAAAGUACAUGGCUGAGACCUCUCCAUGUGGUUCACCAACAUGUUCACAAGUGACUGCGGGCCGCUGCCCGAAAUAAACCACGCGGAGCCCCCCGAGGACCUCAAACAUCUGGAGAGCUUCAGCCUCGGCUCCGAAGUCACCUACAGAUGUGUCCAGGGCUACGUUAAACGACCCUUGAUGUCAGAUACCAUCCAGUGCCUGGCCAACUCCCAGUGGUCCAGCCUCGCCGAGUUCUGCGGCCGGAGCUGUCCCAGCCCGCUACGGGUGCCCUUCGCUAAAAUAUCAGCAGAAGAUGAAACGCUGAAUUUUUAUCCCGUGGAUGUGACGGUGAGGUAUACUUGUCGCCUGGGCCACGAGAGCAUCACGGACCAGCUCCCCACCAGCACCUGUCGUGACAAUUUAACGUGGUCAGAAGUUCCCAAGCUAUGUCGGAGGAAAUCUUGUGGUAUUCCAGCAAAUCCAGAACACGGCAAAGUUGUUACGAAUGAGUAUCUGUUGGGUACAAGAGCAGAGGUGGUUUGUAACCGUGGGUACACGUUAAAGGGAGCGUCGCGCCACGUCUUCUGUUCCCUAAGAGGAGCUGAAGUCGCCUGGACUCAAAUCCCAGUUUGUCAGGCUGUUUCUUGUCCUCCGCCUCCAGCGAUUCCCGAUGGGAAGCACAACGGUACGGGCACGGAGGAGUUCCUGUACCACUCAGUCGUGUCCUACACCUGUGACUCCGGGCUCCAAAUGGUGGGGAACGAAUCUCUCCGUUGUACAACAGAGAAUGGCAUCAGAGGCACCUGGAGUGGGUCUCCUCCCGAGUGCAGGGCUAGCACUACAGCAGCAACAAGCCAAACAGAACCCGCAGAGGAUAAAACAGCAGAGAAUCCUCACUUGCUAGUGGUUAUCCUCGUCCCUAGUUUCUUUGCCUUGGCAUUCCUUGGAACUCUAGCUAUGGUCCUCAAGUGGAAAAACAAUAAAACCCACUCUUUCAACGUGCCUUUACAAGAGCCAAGGACGGAGGGAAGGGCUCCCCCGAUGCACCCCAAGGUGAGGGGUGAGGAGAAGCAGCCCGUGCCGUGGCAUUCCUAUUUUUGCCACACCACCAGCUGCCACGUGUGUCCCACCUGUGAAGAAGGGCUCCACGCUGCCCUGGCACCCCGUGCUGAGCCUGCACCCCACGGCUGUGCCACCUGUAAGGAGUGGUUGGGUGCCCAGCCCCACGCACCCCGCUCCUACUCCGUCCCCAGCAUCGGCAGCGGGGAUGGCCAGAGCCCUGCAUGGACCAGCUCUCCUCCCAAAACUGCAGAUGUGCUGAUGGGUGAGGAUGCAGGAGAAGCUGUUCCAGAGCAGAGCGAUGCCGAGCAACCCAUGGACCGUGAAAGCAGCCACCGCUGCCCCGUCUGCGAGGACUGGCUGCGCGCACACCUCAGCCCCUGGGAAAGGGGUCCUGCAGCACCUGGGGAGCAGCCGGGGGGUCCCCACCAGCAGGACAAGGGCCCGCAGGGUCCCGUCUGCCCCCCCUGCGCCGACCGCCUGCACCUCUCCCUCGUCCACAGCGACACGGGGCGCUCCCCGCUCUGUCCCCUGGCUGGAGAGGGGACCCCAGCUCACCUCGUCCCCCCCCGCACCCCCGGAUGCCACCUCUGCCCCGUCUGCACGGCGCCCACCCACUCCCACCUCUGCCAGGCACCCAACGGAUAAAUGCUGCUGGUGGUUGGAGGGAAGGGGGAGUUCCCACCUCCCAACGCCCGGCGCUGUCGGGAAUGAAGCUUUAAUUAAGUGCAAUAAGGGCCACCCUGGAGUCAAGUGUCUGACUCCACCACCAGGAAUUUCUCUGUGAAGAAGCAGGAAAAUCAAACAUAUUUCAAAGCCAGCUCCGUGCUGGUUCAAUGCUUAGUUUUCUUUUUGUUUGUUUUAGUAGGAAAAAAAAAUCUAUUUUUGCAGCUCUUGAAGCGAGGCUUCUAAAAUCCAGUAAACGUUUCUUUCCACUAGAAAAUAAUUUCAUAGGAAACACCCUGAUUGUGCACACUCUUGCAAGAUUUACUUGUAUUUUUUUUAAACUACUUUUCUACUGAGGUCCAUUUCCUAGUGUGCAGAUAUAAGUGUGAAAAUGACAAUAUUUACAGCAAAACUGUUUUGUAAAUAAAAGGAAUAUCAAAUCAGCAACACUA